AUGAAAUCCACAGGUCAGAAUUACGAAUUGGUCCUCAGACCUAGCGACUCCGAAUAUGAGCCUGCAGAAGUUGGCCAUGAAAGCAAAGCGGCAAGCUCGUCUGUACGGCCUGUCCCACGACAAUUGAGGCGUGUUGAAUUUUUCCCUUUGUCUGCCCAGAUAGUCUUGACGAUAUUUGCUGCGCUCUUCAUUGGUAACUUUCCCAACCAAAAGCCUUCCAGACCGCUCGCGACCAUCGCAUUAUGCUUGGAUGGAAAACCAACCUCUCCAUUUGGACGAGUUAUCCAGCGCACCAUAUCGGUGUCACCCACCAUCUUCCCUAUUGUAUUCGCCGGCAUCAUUGGCAAGUUCUUCAGAGCGGUAGGCUUGUUUGCAGCCGAGUGCGGCGUGAAGCUAGGAAUAUUGGAACUUCUUAUCGGGUCUCAAUCGCUCUUCUCUACUUUUGAGCGGCAAUUCGCCAUACGAGGUCAAUAUCUUAUUGGCUUUGCCAUGGUGGCACUUUGGGCGCUUUCGCCGCUUGGGGGCCAGUCAGCGCUUCGACUUCUCGAUGUUUCCCCGAGGCUGGUUUCGGCCAACUCUACGGUCCGAUACUUGCCUAUCAGUGCGUCGUUGAUGACGGUGGCGUCAGGCGGAAACGGCGCGUCAAAAGCCUGGACUUCCUAUGCCCCGAUAUACAUGACCGCCCUUACAACUUCCUUCCAGACGGCGGAUUCGACCGAGGAUUUAUUUGGCAACGUCAAGAUACCAAGUAUUGAUGCAAUAACAUCGGGUGCCAAUAUUACAAACGGGUCCUGGGUCACAAUCGAUGACAGCCGCGACAUCCCAUACUCGUCUUUGCUGGGCAUUCCCGUCGUGGGUAUCCCAACUGCAGGAAAUCUUUCUUUCAACAUUGUCAGCAGAUAUCUGGCUGUCGACUGCGACUAUUCUGCUCAGGUAGAUGACUCAGAUAUGUUGCGGAACUUUUCUGGCGCAGGCGGUGGCUCGUUGGACUGGGGAAAAGGGACAACCUUUAGGAUUGAACCAUCGAGCUCUCCUCCAAGUGAAUCCGAGGUCAACAACACAACGGCGACGUACACCAUAGUCUCUAUAAACAACUCAAACAUUAAAAACGUCAGCGUUGUCAGUUGUGCCAUCAUGCCUCGAGAUGCAGAGUCCUCUGUCUUUUGCGCCGACCAAGAAUGCUGGGUCACCGCCAUGCGAGCGUUGACUGUUGAUCUUGACGGGUGGUGGCGAGUAUACUAUCCAACACUAAGCAUAGGUCUUCGGUUCCUCCCAUACGCAUCCUUGGGCGCUAUACAUCAAGCUACCCGACUGUCCAGCUCACUGACGGAGAGGUGGCUCGCGGACCCGAAAUCCAACUUCAAUAACGAUGCCCCCUGGGGUAAGCUUGUCUCGCUGGCACAAAUUCCGCUUCCGACGCUUAGCAGGAAUCUCGAGGUCAUGUGUAAUACCUACUGGCAGUCUACCUAUGGAGCUCGCUGCUUGUUUGAGAACCUGAGUACGGAUAUGAGUCUGUACAAUAAUAUCUCGGGAAUAUUCACCUCUGAAGUAAUUGACUUCAACACCAGCCAAGUCAUCGUGAACAGUUUCGACGGCGAGAUAUACACUUGUAACAAGGCAUUUGCCGCCAUCUUACUUGCCAUAUCCUCUAUUCUGCUCUUGGCCGGGAUGUCAACCAUUUCCCUCAUGAGCAUGACGUUGGCGCCCGACAUCCUUGGCUACGUGUCUUCGUACACGAGAGAUAAUCCGUUUGCAGCUGACCAUCAGCCAUCGCAUUUCGGGGGGCUAGAAAGAGCAAGGGCGAUGAGGGACGUGCAUGUCAUUCUGGGAGAUGUGAACGAGGAUGGGAUAGGGCACGUCGCGUUUGGUACAACUGCCACGAUGCACCGAUUGCAGAAACACAGAGAGUACGACUAA